UUACACCGCUGUUGCGAAAUUUGCACCACGCAGUGUGUUGUGAUAGUCCUAAAGAAAAUUUCUUAUUGCAAUUUGUAUAAAUCGCGUUCUUAUUUUGUCUUUGUGUUCCAAGUAAUGCAGCAAUGUGCCUUAGUAUUGAUGGGCGCUCCUGCUGCUGCUGUUGUUACCAAAAUAAACUUUCCAGCGCCGUCGUCGCGGCCGCCGCCGACGUCGUGGUCACUAAAACCAAUAAUUAAUAGCUAAUUAAAACAUUCCCCCGCGCUGCCGCCUCUCGUAAAUAAGCACACAAAACAAAACUUCAUACAUACGUCACGCACGUAUAAUGGGCAUAAAAAAUGAUUUGAAAGGCAUCAAAUUAAGUCGCCGUCACCUAAUCCUUUAUACUAUGAUCACAUCCAUUGUGGCUGUGGCAGCUGCACAAACGGAAUCCACAAGUGAGUCGUCAAAUCUACAGCAUGCUGUUCCCCCAGCAGCUAUUCCUUAUUGUGUGGAUCAGCAGGAGCGACGCAUAGGACGUAGAUUGCUAUACGUAACGACAUUAGAUGGACGUCUCAGCGCCUUGGACAUUGCCAAUUCGGGCAAGAUGCGCUGGAGCAUUGAAACUGGACCCGGGCCACUCAUCUCGUCGAGCAUUCAUCGCCUGGAGCUGACCAGUAACGGACAGUUUGUACGCAUGAUUCCAUCACUAAGCGGCGGCAUCUACAAGUUUGAUGGCGACUCCAUCGAUCCGAUACCAAUAACUGCCGAGCAUUUGCUCAGCUCGAGUGCCAAAUUUAGUGAUGAUCUGGUGAUAUCGGGCGGCAAGGAGACUCGCAACUAUGGUGUCUCUGUGCGCACAGGGCAACUGCUCUACGAAUGCUCCAUCAAUGGUUGCAUAAAUGCCACAAGUGAUCGCGAUGCCGCCAUUAAAGAUACAAUCGAGGAAUUUGAUACAAACGAGCAACAACAGCAGCAGCAGGAGCAUGACGACGACGAGCAAUUGAGGGACAAAGAUGGUUACAUUCUGCCACAUGAUUCUCUGGUGGACGAUGUGAUUGUCGUGCGACGCCAGACGCAAACAGUGCGUGCCGUGGAAUCGCGCACAGGCGUCGAGCGCUGGAACUUUAGCGUGGGACAGCACGAGUUGGAUGUGAUGCGUGCUGCCGACUGUCAGUUGCAGCCGCGGAGCGACAUCGAAUUGGCUGUGCUGGAUGUGGACAUUAGGGUUAUAGUGCCCGAGGGUAUUAUCUGUGCCUUCAGCAAGAGCGAACCACACCUCAUGCUCUGGAAGCACACGUUUAACCAUCCGAUUGUCAGCGCUUGGCACACAAACGAAGCCGAUCAGCUGCAGUCCAUUGAUCUGUUCAGCUCGGCGCAGUGGCUGUGGGAGCAGGAUGAUCUGCAACCCGGGGAGCAGCCCAAACAGCCAAUAAGUGCACCCUCCAUCUAUCUGGGCAUGUACGAUAAGCAAUUGUAUAUACAGGAAUCAAUACGUCUGCGCCAAGAGAUCAUGGAUAAGACACAGCAAUUUCUGCAGCUAAGCGGUGACACAAAUCUCAUGCCCAAAAUACCCUGGCGACCAGUUGCAGCCAGCAGCAAUUCAUUGGUGAUAUUCCAAGGCGAUCGGGAUCCCGUGGUGAUUGGCGAAAAUGAUGAGGAAAAUAGUCAACUAGUGCCAUAUGAUGAUCAGAACGUUGCUAUAGCGGCACAAUCGGUGCUUAAUGCUUCGGAGUUUGUGAAUGGCAACGGCUUUUACUUCUACACAGAUCCAAAGUGGCAACAAUCAGGGGGUGGCAGGGAAUGCGGUGCCAAUGAAACGCCCAGCGAUGUACCUGCCAUUGAAUCAGCUGCCGACGGCAACGAGACAGCAGCUGGUGGGAAUCAUAGCAUUAAUGAUGAUCUUAGCUUCAGCUUGGACGACAUCGAUGCACCCGUCAAAGUUGUCAUUCUUUCGCUCUGGUUCUGGUGGAAGGAAAUUGUGGUUAUUGCGUUUACUUCGGCCGUACUGCUGAACAUGUUCAUGGGUCAUCGCAAUCAGCGGGUGGAGCGCGAGUACCUAGUCAUAGAGCGGCAUGUGCCAGUUCAAACGGCCAUCGAGGCAACGGAAGCAUCCACGCAAGCGCUGCUGGGUCCUGUUGUGCCAAUGUCAUCGGCUCAUCAUCAGCUACGCGGCAAUCGUUUGGCUUUUUCCCCUGCACUUGGCUCAGGCAGUGGCAACACUAAGCGCUCCAUUUCGGAAUCGACGACGCAUUCUGGCGAACACUUUACCUCGCGCUUCCAAACGGACUUCGACCUGAUGCAGUGCCUUGGCCGUGGCGGCUUUGGCGUUGUCUUCGAGGCCAAGAAUAAGCUCGACGAGAAUCGCUAUGCCAUCAAACGCAUUACGCUGCCCAACAAGGAGUCGUCGCGGCAACGUGUGCUGCGAGAGGCGAGAACCUUGGCCAGUUGCGAGCAUCACAAUAUUGUGCGCUAUUUUCAUUCAUGGGUAGAGACACCGCCUGUGGGUUGGCAGGAAGAGGAGGAUCGCAAGCUGCUGGCGCAUGAACUCUCCACAUCAAUCCAGAUCGAAACGCCGGAUGGCAGCACGCUUCCAUCAAUGCUGGAGCACACACAGAAUAAGCGUCAUCAGUUGUUGUCUUGGGUCUCGGAUACAGCCAACAGCACCGCCAAUAGUUACGGCCACGAUAAUAAGGCAUUGAAUAACUACGAUGAUGAUGACGACGAUGAAUCGUUUAUUCAGUUUCGCAGUGAAUCCCAGUCGGCUGCCUUGCACGCCAAAGAGGACGAUACGGAGGGGGGAGAGUCACACACACCGCAGAAUGAUGCGCAGCGCUCAAAGCAACGUAACUCCGUGUCUAUCGAUAUACAUUCUGCCUCGUUUGAUUUGAAGAACAUCAAUUACUCGCAACACCAUCAACUAUCCAAUUCAUUUCAAAUCGAAUCAAUUCGCUCCAAAAGCAAUAGCACCGACUCGGAUGACGAUUCAGCAGAUGCGGCGUUGCGCCGCAAACCUUUGACAUUGGCCCUGCCCUACACUCACAAUCAACCAAUUAAUAGCCAACCACCAGCCAUGCCAAGUGCCGCAAUUCAAAACGGAUUAGCUGUUAAGCCCAACAAGGUCUACCUCUAUAUACAGAUGCAGCUGUGUCGCAAAGAGAGUUUGCGUGAUUGGUUGCGCGACAAUCGCACGGAUGCGCGUGCUUCGCACAUUGCACACAUAUUUCACCAGAUUGUGGAUGCCGUGGACUAUGUGCAUCUUAAGGGCCUGAUACAUCGCGACCUGAAGCCCAGCAACAUAUUCUUCUCACAGGAUGGCCAAAUUAAGAUUGGUGACUUUGGACUCGUCACCGAUACUGUGGAUAUACCCAACACCCCCGGCGAAAGCGGCGAUCAUCCCGGACUGCCUUCCAGUGUGCGCCACACGCAACAGGUGGGCACACAUUUGUAUAUGUCCCCGGAGCAAUUGCGCGGUCAGCAUUACGACUACAAAGUGGACAUUUACUCGCUAGGCCUAAUCUUUUUCGAACUGCAUGUUUACUUCUGCACCGAAAUGGAGCGCAUCAAAACGCUCCGGGCUUUGAGAGAUGGACAGUAUCCGGCCGACUUUGGCACUCAGUAUCCGGAGCAAUACGAGUUGUUGCAGCGAAUGCUUUCCCCACAACCAUCACAGAGGCCGCAGACCAAACAGUUGAAGCAGCAACUGCACGAGAUCCUGAAACUACCUGACCACCUGAUCGAUGGACACAGCGAAUUGGCGGCAAUGGCGGCGGCCACGCGCCGUUUGAGCCGCAGUCGCACCUUCAGCAGCAGUAGUGAACAGCCGCAGUGAUAGUGAUCGACAUCAAUUUGGCAUAUCGUAAUAGGUUUUGAUUCUGUUUAAUUCAAUGAACUGCAAUUAUUACUCAUGGCACCCUUGGCUAUGUCCCAUCUGCUCUGAUCCUGAUGAGCUCUUCAGCUAAUUCUUAGUUUAUCAUUUUAUUCAUUACAACAUUCUUAUGUUUAAGUUAUAUAGACUAUAGUUUACGUUUUAAAUCGUGUGCGACGCUGCUGUAAACAAAAUAAAUAAAAGCAUUGUUUUGUUGAAAAGACUUAAUUGUAGAAAUGAUAUAAUUAUACGCCUAAAUGCUAUGACAUGUACAUACGUUACAUAUGUACAUUAAUGUACUCUAAAACAAAAACAAUGAUUAAUUUAAUAUAUGAAAAGAUUUAUAUGCCCAAAUUUGAUUGUGCUUAUUUUUAUUAAAUAACGUUGAAAGCUCUAUUCUAUACCAUUUUUGUUUUUAGUCUAAGCGAAAUAAAAAUC